AUUUCAUUAAGUGGUCACAAGUUUUGUUUGGGUGGUAAAAAAAGAGAGAGAGAGGGUAAAAUGGGCAAUGUAUGGAACAUCCUCAAUAGCACUCUCGCUUUCCUUUAGAAUUCAUCUCUCUCUGAGGAUCACCCCUUCUGCUUCAUAUCGACCCGCUUGAUCAGGUCUAUCAUUGUAAUCAUCAUGAUCACUUCCAAGAAGAGGGACGACUUACUAAUCAUGGAGCCUGUCUUCAAUCAACUACAAAGUUCUUCUAUGCAGUUGUUGGAAUAGUCGGUAAAGUAUUAAUUUUGCAUACAAAAUCUUAGGUAAUGUUUAGAUGAUAACCAUGGCUGAAUCAGUUAAGCACAUUUCCAGUUGUUUUCAAUUGCUUUUUUUAAUACUAGUGCUAGACCUUGACCCAAACCAUACUAAUAAAAGGAAGUUGAUAACAUUGCAAUGAUGGACUAUGAAGCAUGGAUUCUUCUCCAUGGAAGUCGUAUCCGCAGAGAUGGGGCUAUGAUUUCUAUAGAUGGAGAACCACAACUCAAAAUGAAAUCUAAGGGAUAGGAUUCUACAAGAACAGGAUAGUCAUUUUCCAUUCAUACUAGGCAAAACAUAGAUAUACACAUAAAAAAAAGUACAAUUAUUUUCCCCUACACCUUAACCCAUUACCAGCUAAAGUAAAAUUUGGCCUUUUUUAUGACAUUUAUUUUACUUUUUGAUGUGUAGUAUAUACUGCACAUAGGGUAAUUCUAGCAAGGUUGGGGUGGCCCGGGCUUCCCCACCCUUGGCCUUACCUCCGUCCCUGCGUAUCCAUAUUGUACCGAUACUCCUCCGAUAUUCGUCAAUGCAUAUUCCAGUAGCAUCCACAAUUGGAAUACAUUCUUAUAAUUGUUAGGAAUACAGACAAGUACAGUUUUUUAUACUUUAAUUACUUUUUAGAGAGAGAGAGAGAGAGAGAGAGAGAGAGAUAAUAGUGAGAUGAAAAUGUAAAAUACAUAUAUGUUUAUAGUUUUUGAAUAUCCUUGUUGUGUAAUACAUAUGUAUCAAUAAAAUUGAAUUUCAACAAGUAACACAGUAAACUUGUGUGCAUAGUUCUGCAUAUGAAGAAUAGAAUGGUUUUUACCAUUAUUGUAACUUGUAAGUAUACGUAGUUGAUUGGUAAAAGUUUAUAAAAGUAAUUUUUAGUCUAAGGUAUUCUAAUCUUACUGUACCUGUUUCCAUUUGUUUACUCAUAUGGCCGUAUCUGUAUCGUAUCCACACCCCGUGUUGGUAUCCUAGCUUCAUAUAGAGGAUGAAUAUCAUUAGGUGGAGGCUUUGUUUGGUACAUAUAUAUAAAGUGUUAAGGCCUGAUUACUGGAAUAUCCUUCUAUGGUUGGAUCAUUCGAUCAUUGAAUAGCAGGUUUGUUGAAGGGUCAAAUUGAUACAGACCACAUCUUGUUUCGUGUGGCACAUAUAGGUGUGAAUCCUUUUCCCACACGGUUGACUGUAUAAUCUAUUAUAGGUGAAAGACAGGACGACUUAUAUAAACAUCAAGAUCAACAUCAACAUCAACAAACUUAAGCAACUUUUGCCAGCUAAAAUGUGGGCCAAUAAGCCCAAACAAUUACAAAAGAGCUAGUCUUAUCUCAAUAUAUAAUAUAAUUUAUAUAGUAGUUGGGAGAAAAUGAAUCUUGAAGCAUAAUUGGAGAUGCUUUACUGUAGUUUUAAAUCAUGAUAUCAGAAUGAUAUUGGGAGUAUCAAACAAUACAGUCAAGUAUUGGGUGUAAGUUGUAAUGGCCAUUAUUUUGUAGAAUUAUUUCGGCGUUAAAAGAACUCUAGAACAACUGGAUCGGUCUAAUUGACUGCGAAUCGGUGAAUCCGAUAUUGAUCAGUAAAAAUCCAAAACUUGUGGAUAUGCAUGCAAUCAUUAUUCUCGCUGGUAUUUAUCUGGUGAAGCCAUAUGAGGUCUUUGUCUAACCUUAGUGACACCACCAAACAUUAAUGAAUUUAUUAAAACCCAGAUAACCUAAACCUCUUAAUCACAAGUUACCCCAUAAACAACAUAAAACAAAGAAGCAGAGGGAGAAGGAGAGGGAGAAGAAGAAGCAACAUCCAGGGGAGGAGGGAGAAUUUAGGAUUGUUGUUCUUUUUCUUCUUGUGCUUCUCUGAUUUUCAAGAUGCGUGGUGAGGUCUCUAAGCAGAUGGACCGAAUAAAAUCGGUUUCAUCCGAAGAAAAAGCUUUAAGAGAUCUUCAACAAAGCAAUGGCUGCAACUUCCCCGGUUGUGACUACCGCCCUCCUGAUCGGAAAAACUGGAUGUUAGGCCUCAACCCGGAGAAAGUUCAAUUAAACAAGAUUGUAUGGCCUGGGACCCAUGACUCCGCGACCAACAAGAUAGGAAUCCCACUCAUUACUCGCCCCUUCGCCCAAUGCCAAACUCUCUCUAUUUACGAUCAACUCGAAAUAGGGACCCGCGUCGUUGAUAUCCGAGUUCAGGAGGACCGCCGUGUUUGUCACGGAAUCCUCCUGACCUAUAGCAUUGAUGUGGUUAUGAACGACAUCAAGCAGUUUUUGUCCGAAACCCAAGCGGAGAUAGUAAUUCUAGAGAUCCGAACAGAGUUCGGACACAAGGACCCACCCGAGUUCGACAAGUACUUGGAGGAGCAAUUGGGUGAGUUUCUCAUUCAUAAUGAUGAUAAUGUGUUUGAAAAGACAAUUGCUGACAUAUUGCCAAAGAGAGUUAUUUGUGUUUGGAAGCCGAGAAUUUCACCCGAGCCGGAGGUUGGGGGGCCAUUAUGGGGAUCUGGGUAUUUGACGGAUAAUUGGAUUGACACUGAUUUGCCAUUUACCAAGUUUGAGAGCAAUUUGAAGUACUUGAGUGAGCAGCCACCCAUUGGCUCCAGGAAACACUUUUACCGGGUGGAGAAUACCUUAACCCCACAAGCGGAUAACCCGGUUAUGUACGUAAAACCAGUUACGAAUCGGAUCCAUGGGUACGCUCGUCUUUUCAUUAGUCAGUGCUUCACCCGGGGUUUCGGUGAUUGGCUGCAGGUAUUGUCUACUGAUUUUAUUGACGAGGAUUUUGUUGAUGCCUGUGUUGGGCUUACUUAUGCCAGGAUUGAAGGUGAGGCAUGAAGAUAGUGUUAGUCUCGUUCUCCUUGUUCUGAUUCAGUAAGUUGGUAACGGGUCUUUUCUGAUUCUGUUUGUUUAUAUGUGAAGUCUUUUUGUUGGUGUAUCAAGGGUUGCUGUUGUAUAUUUAUCAUGUACAGGAUGUAGGGUUUGCGCUGAACUAAAAGGCAAGCAUGCUAUAAUUGUUUUCA